UUUCUCUUUCGACUGCCAUGACCUGCGCUCCAAAGUUAUCCUUCUGACAUGUCGGCACUACCUCACAGUGACCAAUGUCUACCGCCGUCUUUGCUCGCAACGUCCUUUCUGGCGCCGACCUUGUGGUGCAGCAGGACGCGCGCUGAUUCGACUUUCAUUCAUCCCUUCCAGCUUCGGUCGAUCUCACUCUCAAUAGGCACUUUCAUCAGCAGGACGCGCUCAGAAAGUUGUCUAAUGGUUACUGCGCGGCCAACUAAGUUGUCUAAAGCACUCUCAAAAGGCCUCACCCGUUACAUCCAUGGUAUAGGGGCUUGCGGACUGGUUUGAAAAUUUGCGAGGCAGAGGUUGCGGGUUCGAAUCCCGUCUCGGGUUGCCUUUUUGCAGCGCCUAGC